UCGUUUCCUCCCUCCUUUCCCGCGCGUGCCCGCGUGCAGUGUCACCUUUGCCCAUGGCUGGGUCCCCAAGCUUUGCUUCGAUGGCGGAGAAUACGCCGUGCCACAACAGUGCAAGCAGCAGCCGCGAGUCGAACCGGGCGACAGGCAGCAGUCACUCCUCGAGUUCCGCUAGGAGCGGGUGGGCGGCGCCCGCCCCGCCGCCGUCGGACCACCACACCGCGGCCGCAAGCCGCGCUACGGUCUCGCGAUUGAUUCACGCCUAGAUCUCGUCGACGAUCGGACCCCGUUGUUCCCCUCCUCCUCGGCUCCGCUGCUCGGACUCGAGCAAUGCCGUCCCCGAAUCGUGCCACCGGCCCGGAUCCGUGCUACCCCAGCCGGCGCGCGACCUCUUGAAGCUCUACCAACCCAUCCCGCCGAUACCUCACCAAGCUCCCUCGCCGUCCAUGCACCUCCGUCCUCCAAGCGCGGAGAUUUCUUGGAGCCCGAGCUCGGCACAUCAGAGCCUCCUCGGGCACCAUCUCCUCGCGGCGAUUUGGGGGAGGUCGAGCCCGCCCCGAGCAGAUCCAAUCCGGCGCAGGCCUGGCUCCCUUGCUCCCUCCGUUGGGCGGCUGUGGACGACAAGAAUGGGGAACGGCUAUGCGGCGGCGUGGAGGGAAGCGCGGUGGCGAAGAGUUGCGAUGAAGGGGAUGCAAGGAGCAGGCUGAAAGAAAGAGGGAGUAAAAGAAAAAAAGAAAAAGAAAAAGAAAAGAAAGGUCACUUAUGGAGAGUUGGAGUUGCUCUUAAACAGGUCACAGACGGAAUUGCCAACAAGUAACGGGUGGGCGCAGCCGCAGCCCGACACCUGUCGCCGGAGUGGGAGCCGGCACACGUCUCCGCAAACGUCGCCGCCUGCCAUCACAGUCACUGGUACCGGACUUGCGGUGCGGGGAGGGAAGCAGAAGCAAACCAACCGGCCAGCACAGAGCUCCGACCGCAGCAGAGGCAGCACAGCCAGCCCGAUUCUUCCUCGCGGAGCUCCCACACCGACUAGAACGAGCCACCCGCUUACCUCCCCGCGACCGGCGGGCCGAGCGCGCCGCCGCGGGGGCCACGCCGUUGCCCGAUCUGCUCGCGCGGGGACCUGUUGCCGUUUUCGUUUUGCUCGGAGCGCCCGAUUUCAGGGGUGGGGAGCAAGCAUCCCGGGGUUUGGAUUCCGGCUCCUCGCCGAAUCGGGGCCUGUAGCGUCAGUUUGAUCCGAGAUCGGGAGGAGGAACUGCCGCGGAAGACUCCGGCUCCCUGCUACUUUCUGGAAGCUUCUGCGGUGUACGGCUCCAGGCGGCUGGGGUUGUGCUGCGGCUCCGCGUUGAUGCGCUGCGUCUCCGGCGCCGCUGCUGCGGUCGGCGGGGUCGGAGUCUACGGCGAGGCUGGUGGUUCCGGUUGGGGCGCGGGGCCAGGGAAGUCGUUCCACCUGCUGUGGGUGUGGGUGGGGAUCGGCGGCGGGGAGUGAGCGGAUGGAAGAGGACUGCACUUACUGCUCUUGACUGAUAGCACGUGGACCUUGUACCACAGCACUUGCUAGGGAUUUGGAUUUUGGACUCGAUUCGGGAGUUGGGUAAUUGGAUCGCUGCAGGGAUAGAUACAGGAUUUGAUUCGAGUAUUUGGGUAUUGUUCUGUGUCACAGCCUGAAGAGUGGUGUGGUACUGUGGCGCACUGGUUUUGCCGGAGUCGUCACCAACUGGGAUAUGGUGGAUGAGAGGGAAUUCGGGUACCGAUCUGGAGAACUGCAGGUUAAGCUGCUGUAUUUGGGAUUCAGUCUUGUGGUUAAUUUACAAGGUGUGGCACGAUGUCGCGGUGCUUCCCGUUCCCACCGCCAGGGUAUGAAGCAACGCCAAGGAGGGAGAAGCAGCAAAAGGAUCUGCUAAAAAAGGAAAAGCACAAGGAGAAGAAGCACAGAAAGGAAAAGGACAGGGGAAAAGGAGAAAGAAAGGAAACGGAUAGAGAUCAUAGGAAAGAUAAGCACGACAAGAAACACAAAAGAAAGAAGCGCAGAGACAGGAGAAAUAAUGAGGACAGAGACAAAGACAAAAAACAAUGCAUGGGGCAGGACACUCAGAAGAAUUAUAAACAUGGCAAUAGAAAACCGGAAGAAAGAGGGCAGAAUGAAGCAGUCAAAGAUAUUAAACCAACAGAUAAGUUGAUUACCCAAAAUUUUGGUCAAGAAGGUUCUGAAGAGAAAGAAAGGGAUUCGCUUGGUAGAGUGGUUAAGAAAUCUGAAGAAGCAACACAGUGCAAUCAUGAGAUGGUACAAAAGAGUGAGAGUAUUGUGCGUGCUAAUAAAAAGGGAAUGGCCAGGGGUGUUGAUUCUAAAACUAAAAUAAAGAAUGGGAAGAGCCUUCAAGUUGGAUCAGCUGAAAUGCAUUUCAGAAGAAAGCACAGUUGUAAUGGAGUGGACAUAUGGCAGGAUAAACACAGCUGUAAUGGAGUGGACGUACAGCAGGAUAAUUCUAAUGCACGACGAAGCUCUGAAGAUGUACAUACUGCUAGGCCAUUUGUAUUAGGUUCAGGGAGAGAAGCAAAUGGCAGAAUUACACUAAGCCCAAAUAGAUUGCAGAGGGCAGAAGAAAUGGAACCUGAUCCAGAGAUUUCUGUCCAUUCCACAAAAGGGAAAAAUGAUAGAAUUAACACCAAAGGUGGUAUGAUGGGCAAGGAAAAUCGAAGUGCUAACAAUUGCCGUGGCAAGAUGAAUCAGCAAUCCGUACGGAAUAAAGGAGAAGUUGAAGGGAAGGCAAAAACAAACUAUUGUGAGGCUGUUAAACGCAAAGAUAGAGAGAGGGUUGUAAAGAAAAGAAAGACUGAAUACAAAAAUAAACAGAAAGAAAUGGAGAAAAAUGGUACUGUAAAUAAGCAUAAACAUGAAGAUCUUGGUGCAAGAGAGGAUCAGGUAGAUAAUCUUAUGCGCUCGGGUUUUCUUAAUGGGCAAAAGUUCACGUCUGACAAUGUAAAGAAACGGAAAGACUUCGACGCUAAUACUUCUCCAGAUGAACACAGUAUGACGAUGACUAAGAUACCGAGGGUGGCUCCUACCAAGGAUGAAGAAAUAUGCUGGCAUUCUCAGCGGAUCACACCUUAUAGUUCUACAGAACUACUUGACACAAACACUCGCGAGAUAGGCCGGCGUAAGUCUCAGGAUGGCUACAACAGUACCAUCAUUGGAUCCCGUUGUUCGGAGGAAGACAUAGCUUCAGUUUCUUCAUCUGGUUACAGGAGUAACAAAGGUUAUCUGGAGCAGGCUCACCCUGAUACCAAGUAUCUGAGCCAAUCGUACUCCAUACCUCCAGCUCAGGACUUCUCUGACUUCAUCGAUCAGGACUGGCUGUUGUCCCAGGAUUGUGGGGAACGGAUAACUGCGGCAUUUGGGGCUGCAGAAUCAGACCAAGUCUGGUCUGAUGCACAGAUAAUUGAUACUGCUGAUGUAAUUGCUUUGCCUUACGUUGUUCCAUUGUGAUGACACUCACAGCGAUACACGCGGUGAGUUGGCUACUGCAACUUGAGUUAUGAUAUGGAGGCUCAGAAUAUGGAUUCGCCUGAGUAGUUUUCUGCCUGCUGUACCGUACAUCAGAUUGUUUAGCUAGCUCACUCUCAACUUCUCAA